CUACACCCGCCACACACACCCGGCGGCUGAGGCGGCGGCGGAGGCGCGGUGCGGUCCCGUCCCCAUGGAGCUCUUCCAAGCCAAGGACCAUUACAUCCUGCAGCGCGGCGAGCGCGCGCUCUGGUGCAGCCGCAGCGACGGCGGCCUCCAGCUGCGCCCCGCCACUGACCUUCUUCUGGCUUGGAAUCCUAUUUGUCUUGGUCUGGUAGAAGGAGUCCUAGGGAGGGUUCAGCUUCAUACAGAUCUACCAUGGUGGUUGCUUUUAAUUCGGCAGAAAGCAUUGAUUGGCAAACUCCCAGGAGGCCAUGAAGUGUGCAAAAUAACCAAGAUUGCAGUGAUUCCGCUCUCUGAAACAGAGCCUCAGGAUCUGGAGCUGGAGCUCUGUAAAAAGCAUCAUUUUGGAAUAAACAAGCCAGAGAAGAUUACGCAGUCUCCAGAUGAUACCAAAUUUCUACUUAAGACCCUCACUCAAAUUAAAUCAAAUGUGUCUGCUCCAAAUAAAAAGAAGAUUAAAGAAAGUAAAGAGAAAGAGAAGCUGGAAAAGAGAUUAUUGGAGGAACUAUUCAAAAUGUUCAUGGAUUCAGACUCCUUCUACUACAGUCUGACUUAUGACCUAACAAACUCUGUACAGAGGCAAAGUGUGUGUGAGAAAACUGAUUUGCCACUCUGGAGGAAAGUUGAUGACAGAUUCUUUUGGAACAAACACAUGAUUCAGGAUCUCAUAAACAUUGGUAAUGAUGAAGUAGACUUCUGGAUUAUACCCAUCAUUCAGGGGUUUGUACAGAUUGAAGAGCUUGUCGUUAAUUACAAUGAGUCAUCUGAUGAUGAGAAAAGCAGUCCAGAGACGCCUCCUCAGGAGUCUACUUGUGUCGAUGACAUUCACCCACGAUUUCUGGUUGCGCUCAUCUCACGCCGAAGUCGGCAUAGAGCUGGCAUGCGGUAUAAGCGAAGAGGUGUUGAUAAAAAUGGGAAUGUGGCAAAUUAUGUGGAAACGGAGCAGUUGAUUCAUGUUCAUAAUCAUACACUUUCAUUUAUUCAAACACGAGGCUCUGUGCCGGUGUUCUGGAGUCAAGUGGGAUACAGAUACAACCCACGGCCACGACUAGACAAGAGUGAAAAGGAAACUAUAUCCUAUUUCCGUGCACAUUUUGAAGAACAACUGAACAUUUACAAGAAACAGGUCAUUAUUAAUUUGGUGGAUCAAACUGGACGAGAGAAAAUUAUUGGUGAUGCUUUUCUAAAACAAGUGCUUCUGUACAACAAUCCACGCCUCACUUAUGUUUCCUUUGACUUCCAUGAGCACUGCCGAGGGAUGAAGUUUGAAAAUGUUCAAACGUUAACUGAUGCCAUUCAUGAUAUCAUCCUUGACAUGAAGUGGUGUUGGGUUGAUCAAGCUGGUGUGAUUUGUAAACAGGAAGGAAUUUUUCGGGUUAACUGUAUGGACUGUCUGGAUCGUACCAAUGUUGUACAGGCUGCAAUUGCACGAGUGGUCAUGGAGCAGCAGCUGAAAAAGUUGGGCGUGAUGCCGCCGGAACAACUUUUGCCGAUGAAAUGCAAUCGAAUCUACCAGAUAAUAUGGGCAAACAACGGAGAUGCCAUAAGCAGGCAGUAUGCUGGAACAGCAGCUUUAAAGGGUGACUUCACUAGGACAGGUGAAAGGAAGUUGGCAGGAGUAAUGAAAGAUGGAGUCAAUUCUGCAAACAGAUACUACUUGAAUCGCUUCAGGGAUGCUUACAGGCAAGCAGUUAUAGAUCUGAUGCAAGGUAACCCCGUCACUGAAGACCUUUAUUCCAUAUUUACAAAAGAGAAAGAACAUGAAGCACUUCACAAGGAGAACCUGAGAAGUCAUCAGGAAUUGAUCAGCCAGCUAUUGCAAAGUUACAUGAAACUACUCCUUCCAGAUGAUGAAAAAUUCCAUGGUGGAUGGGCACUUAUUGAUUGUGACCCAAGUCUCAUUGAUGCUACCCACAAGGAUGUGGAUGUUCUGUUGCUGCUUUCAAAUUCUGCCUACUAUGUGGCCUAUUAUGAUGAUGAAGUUGACAAAGUAAAUCAGUAUCAAAGAUUAAGCCUUGAGGCAUUGGAGAAAAUUGAAAUAGGUCCUGAACCUACUCUUUUUGGAAAACCCAAGUUCUCUUGCAUGAGGUUGCACUACAGAUACAAAGAAACAAGUGGCUAUUUUCAUACCCUCCGAGCUGUCAUGCGCAACCCUGAAGAAGAUGGAAAAGACACCCUUCAGUGCAUUGCAGAGAUGCUGCGAAUCACGAAGCAAGCCAUGGGAUUAGAUGUGCCCAUUAUUGAGAAGAAGCUAGAGAGGGACUAUUACGCUGGAAGAAAGCAUGAGGUUUCAUAUCAGCUGCUCACAGAUGGUACUUCAUUAAGAAUUUCUUCAGAAAGGAAGAGCAGUAAACCUCAUGAAGACAUCAUUGGUAUUAGAUCCCAAAACAGAGGAUCUCUGGCCCAAGGCAAGAAUUACUUAAUGAGCAAGUUUUCAUCUCUUAAUCAGAAAGUGAAACAAACCAAGUCCAAUGUAAAUAUUGGAAAUCUUCGGAAGUUAGGAAACUUUACCAAGCCUGAAAUGAAAGUCAACUUCCUAAAACCAAACUUGAAAGUUAGUCUUUGGAAAUCAGACAGUAGCCUUGAAACUUUGGAAAAUCCAGUGACAGAUCCUAAACUCCGCGUUGAAUCAGAUAUCGAGAUAUCAUCAGAUAACGACUCGUUCCACUCCGAUGACUUCCUUACAAAUUCCAAGUCUGAUGACGACCAGCAGUUCUCUGACUCUUUAGAGAAUGUAGGGCAGACAGACUAUGUUCUGCCCAGCUGUGGUAUUAUUGCUUCAGCACCUCGGUUAGGCAGUCGGUCUCAGUCUAUAAGUAGCACUGAUGUGAGCAUUAGCAUUCACAUUCCUUCUGAAAUCCACGUCACCCGAGAGAGCAGGCCUGGAUGUGAAGACAGACCUACACCUUCUGACAGUAUGGAGGUGGAGUUCUCUAAACCCAUCGAUGUGUAUUGCCACAGAUUUGUACAAGAUGCUCAAAACCAGGUGACAGAAGCUUCAGAGGUAGAGAGCGGCUCUCGACAACCCCACCAAGAAGCAGAUCAAAGCAGCAAUAAUGCUUCCAAGGAAGCAGAAACACAGCCGGAAACAAACAGACACACCCCUUCCAGGCCAUCUCAACUGGAUGGGCUGUUUUCCGAGUCAGGCUCUCAACUCUUGGCUGUUGAGGAGACUUACUCCAAUAAAUCUCAUAAGAGCCCAGGAUCUGCAUGCAGCAUUCUUGAAACGGGACUUAACACAACUCCUUCUCCAGCAGACAGUAGCAGCAGUAGAGCCGUGUCUCCCUUUGCUAAAAUCCGCAGCUCUAUGGUCCAAGUCGCUAGUAUUACGCAGGCUGGAUUGACCCAAGGGAUAAAUUUUGCAGUGGCAAAGGUGCAGAAAAGCCCUGCAGAACCAGUGGGUGGAAAUGAAGUACAACCAAAUGAACUGAAAGAAAUGUUUACACAAUGCCAGACACGAAUAAUUCAGAUUUAGUUUUGAACUUGGGAAGUACACUUGUGGCUUGUAUAUGAUAAACAGGAAUUCACAUCAGAAGCCCCCUUUUUAACUGCCACUGAAUAUUGGGAUCAAAAAUACCAAUUAUGUUUACAGGAGGUAGGGGGUGUGUGUAUGUGUGUGUGUAUGAUGCCAGUUGAAUUGGUUCUGAGCAGGUUUCAGAAUUUCCUUGGGCUGCUGAGCUGAUAGAAAGGCAAACGAUACUUAACAGGUAGCCUCGACACUGGGAUUCGACAAGCACGCUGUUCAUUUAAAUCUAUUGCACAGUUACCUUCUUGGGACAGUUUUGUAGGUGUUCUGAUGUAUGUGGAAUAUUUGUAUCAAAGGGGCUGGUACUGCACGUGUUACCUUACCUACCCUGCACUGCACCAGCAAAAUAAUUUACUGACAUGACUUUUAGUCUAUUUAUUUUUAGAUUAGGUUUUUUUGUUACCAUUUGAUGUUCUAGACACAGUCACCAAGAAAGGGUGUCUCUACAGUGGGAAUCAAUUAAUUUCAUACAUUUAGGGGAAUAGUUAGGAAUUUAGACUCUCCUCUCACCCCCUUUCCUUUUCCAUCCCAGUUAAAGGAUAAAACAUCUUAGAGACAUAAUAUCAAAGAUCCUGCAAGGCAACUUCUUAGGGUUUGUAGACUUUUAUUGUUAAAAGCCAGUGGGAGUUAAUGUCCUUUUAAUUAUCUUGCUGGUGUUAAAAGUAUGUUGUUUCUCCUUUUGAACUAGUUCCUUACUCUGUAACCUUAGUUCCUGACCUAUGUAACAGGAUAAAACAAACCAAGUCCUAAUAUAUCCAGAAAUUACUGCCCAUUGGUUCAGUCACGUCACGGUGACAUUUGAUUAGAUAUUCUAACUGCAGCCUGGACACAGGCACCAAGCGAUUAAGCCAGCAGAACAGAACAUGUAUUCAUUCACGAAACCGUACUGCUGAUUUUAAGAUCAGUGUAUACAGUGUGUGUGUCAAAAAUGGUUCCUUUUCAAUUCAAACCAAUUCAGCCGUUGUGAUAUUUGCAGGGAUAAGGCUGAGGUCAUGGAACAGGAUAGCAAUAUAUAUAUAUAUAUAUGUACGUGUGAGGAUGUCUUCAGGUUAUUUAAUUUUCCCAGAAUUGGCCUUGCCAUGCUGUUGUAGGACAUCUAUAUAAAAGAUCGUAUAAAGCAGGAUCUUGCUAUACUGUGGUUCAUAACUAUAACCACCACCGUUAUAAGAGCCAGUGCCUCUUGUGUUUUCGUACCUGUACUGUAGAUAGACUGCACGUGGUGUUCUAAGAAAUUAGCAAGUGUCAUAAUGGUUUUACAGUGUCUUAGAACCUCUCUAGUGUAAUUGAAGUGAUUAUCAACUAAACCUGAUCGUCUGUCUGAAACUUUGAUAAACUGUUUCAAUCUUGUUAUUUAUUUUACUAAAGUAAUGUGGCUUCUAUUUUUUUUUUUUUCUGGAGUGUGUCUAUAUAAAUUUGUGACCUAUAUUAAAAAUAAAAUACCAUUGUAUUUUAAUGUGAGGGAUGUACAUGAGAAAUAUUUUAAUAAAAAAAAAAAUCUGAAUCCAAGGCGGCCUUCCGGUCCCUCAUGUGAAAAGGAAGGACAAGGGAACUUCACUUCUCUUAAGAAAACUAUUUGGGUCCCCACCUGGCCCAAAGUCAAGGAACAUAAAGGUAAGGGUUUUGUUGUUGCUGUUUUUUAAUUCUGCUCUUUGCCCCUCUCCCCCUAACUACUCUUUGCUGCAGCAAAUGCUUUGGAUCUCAAAAAUAUUCAGAAAGACAUUUUAGAAAAAAUUCGUCUACUAACAUGAUAAAUUCAGUCUCCUUGAAAUUUUACUUUGAAAAGUAAAAUUUUCAAAGUAAAAAAUCUGCCUUUUCUGGAGGAUAAACGUUAGCCAGACCAAAUUAUUUUGGCUCCAUGACAGCAUUACUGUAUUAAGUUUUUGGGUCCUUAUUAAAUGGGUCAAACUAAAUGAUCCAAUGGGCUCUUCUGGCCUUGAAAUCUGUGAAUUGCUGCUUUGCUCUGCCUGUCCAGGUCCUGUAUUUCCCUGAAGCAUUUGAAUAAAUGACUGUCACUAAAACCAAAGCAAGACCCAAUGGAAAAUGAUGUCAGGAUGUUCCCGCCAUGCGCUUGGUACAUAGGAUGAAGAGGAAGUAACAUUAAUACAGUGAUGUACAUUUGAUGAAUUGUUUGUUUGCAGUUUUCAGACUGUUUAGUUUAACUUCCUUGGGAAAGGGACAUUUGUUUUCUGUUUGUAGAGCCUGUUGUAAUAUAUCGCUAUCUACAACUUUUUCAAAAAGUAAUUUGGGGAAAUGGGAGAGUUCCCAGAAAAACCCCACCUGCUUUUACUUGUUAAGAGUUUUGGCAGCUUCAUGUCUCCAACUUUUCGUGAUGGAAGAGCAUUAGGCACUUGUCUUUGUAAUUAAAAAAACCAAAACAGACCCACCUGUUCCAACUCUCAUGUUGAGGCUUUCACUUACCACAGCGAUGACUGCCUGUCUGCUUCUGAGGCCAGUAAUAUGCCCAUUUACUUCUAAUCCAGUUACCAUUGUGAAUAAAAAGGCACAGACUGUAAAUCUUC